CUGGACAAUCGCGUUUGGGCUAUGCGUCACCCAUUUUAAGAAGUGUUCUCGUCUCUCGUUCGUGGAAAACACUGCCGGCUGCACCCUGCGCAGUAAUACAUGGGAGGACGGGGCUACCGAGCAAGAAAACGCUGGUCGUGGUGUUCGUGACCUCAGGAUUCGUACUUGGCUGUGGAGUUGCUGCUCUCCUUCUGAGGCCCGGCGGAGAAGCGACUGAGAAAGUAAACAACGGUGCAGAAUCAAAUCCUGUCUGGGUAUUCGACUAUGACGAGACAAGACACACAAUGCAAUUCGAGACUGAGACGCCAUUAAAGAACCACUCUGCUGAUUUUCACGAGAUAGCAACGUCAGAGCAGAUAAGAACAACGACAUCAUCGGUUCCUAGUAGGACCGUAGGAACUACGACGACAGGUUUGGCAGGUACUACUACGGAUGCGAGGACUAUUCAAACUACAUCUACAACUAUAACUACUGUUACAAAACGAGCAUCGAAGCCAGCUCUCAAGCCAAAUCCCCUCAUCUGUACGGCGGCUUACAUUGGCUACGGCGACAAGUUUAGGGUUCGUGGAAUCGUCGUCAACCCACCGGAUGGCCUAUGUGACAUCUUGGUCUGUGACGAGUGUGUCGGCGUCGAGACCAAUGAACUAAAAAAUUACGCUUCUCGUGCAAGACAGACCGGAUGUGGAGUCAGCUUUAGCCGCCAAGAUGUAAACAAGUCAAACGUGGCUUGGAUGACUGGGAUGCUGCGUAAUCUAUGGAACAGCAAUAUUGCCUUCUACGGUAUUCUGGACGGUGCUGAUACUAGCAACACCCCUGAAGAAGCAGCAGAGAUAGUAGAAUUUUUAAAGGAAUUGCAAAAGCAGUCUCACUCGUUCGCGGUUCCUGUGUAUGCGUUCGCUGCUGUGACAGUCUUCCCGAGGUCGCCAGCGAACCGAAAGCGGAUGCUAAUUAACCACGUGCGGGAGCUGUUGAGUACGGCGGAUAUCGAUAUCCUGGUAUACCAGACAUCGUACCGUAAAGGCUUGGAAGAUGAUGAAUGCGUGGCUACUGGUCCUGCACCCUGGGAGUUGCCGUAUGCGCGGCGUCAACCAUCCUUUUUUGACACCCAGUCGAUCCGAAAGCGUAUCCAACUUCCUCCUGGAAAAGUCGAGGCCUUCGGUGUAACCCUCAUGGGCAUUCGGACAGUUCUACUUGGGAUGCCGCGCAACGACUCAAGGCUGGCUCUCGGAAACAGAGAAGAAUGUUUGGAUUCCAAAAGAACGAGUGUCCCUAGAUACUUGUGCUCAUCUGACUCCUCCUCUGAUGACGAAAGGUUUUUGCGAAGUGGGCAACAGAUCCAUGAGAUAUUCAUAUCGUUCCUCAACCGUUCCUUAUCAAUGCUCGUCUACGACACCAGCGUGUCUCUUCAAGUUAAGAUGUGCCUAGCCAGAAAGCAAUACGGGUUUGUAGGAGGCUGGGUGGUGCACGAUGUGCAAUGGGGCUUCCCCAUUGAGUGUGCCGGGCAUCAAGAAUAUGAUGGUCUCCUCCAACGCGUGCACUCCAUGAGACAAUUGUUGGAUCAAAAGCAGUUCAGCAACAGCUGCCCUGUGUACAGAGAUUACAACGAACCACCGAUACCACUAUAAAAUAUAAGUACAAUGCUGAAACAAGUCAU